AGCAGCUCCAUCAUUCACACCCUCGUCAGCCUAAGCUCAGAACUAACCCCUCUCUCUCUCUCUCUCUCUCUCUCUCUCUCUCUCUCGCUAGCUCUACAUAUAUUGUCGAUCGACCAGCUACAGCUGAAGAGAUCAGCAUAACAUAGUAGCUAAGACAGUUGCUCCUGUGUCUUUGCUAAGCUUCCUCUACCGUCCUCUCUUGCCGAGCUGUUCAAGCUAGCUUGAGACCUUUCUUUGUCGGAUCGAUGGCGGCGGAGGAGGCGAAGAAGGUGGAGGUGGAGACGACGACCAAGGACAUCGCCGAGGAGAAGGCCAUCGUGCCGGUCUCGGCGCCGCCUUCUUCGCACGACGACUCCAAGGCCAUCGUUGCCGUCGUCAAAGAUUCUGAAGCUACAAGAGGUUCAUCUGAAAGAGAUGCUUAUCUCACCAAAAUCAUGUCCGAGAAGCGAUUGACGCUGAUCAACGCCUGGGAGGAGAGCGAGAAGGCGAGAGCCGAGAACAGGGCGGCCAAGAACCUGUCCUUCAUCACUUCAUGGGAGCACGCCAAGAAGGCAGAGAUGGAGGCCGAGCUGAAAAAGAUCGAGGAGAACCUGGAGAAGAAGAAAGCAUCCUACCAAGAGAAGCUGAAGAACAAGCUGGCGAUGCUCCACAAGUCGGCGGAGGAGAAGAGGGCCAUGGCAGAGGCGAAGCGAGGGGAGGAGAUCGUCAUGACGGAGGAGAUGGCCGCCAAGUACCGCGCCAAAGGCGAGGCCCCGACGAAGCUCUUCGGGCUCAUGAAAGCAUGAUAAGAGAAUUACUUGUGGAUCGAGGAAGAAGACAUCAAUAUACUCUCUGACUCUUUGAACAGAGAGUGUACAUUUGUUGGGUUUGGUUUACUACUGCUAGUCUGGGACUUACAGAUGAUUUCGUGCAUGACUUGUGUGUGUACAUGUGUUUGAAUUUUGAAAGCCGUUGUCGUGUUUUCUUGUCGGAAAGGUUUGAUAUUUGGUUACGUUUUGUAAAGGAAUUGUGUAUAAGCAUAGGAGUGCAGCAGCUGAUUGAUGGAUUGAUAUACAUUUAUUCUUUCUUUCUGUGUAAGUUUUGUUGGUUAAAAGCAUAUGUUAAUCGUUA